AUGGGCGAAGCAGGCUUUUUCAACAGCGAACUGGACCAUCUCCUGAUAUUGCGAGCAACUGACUGGCCAGACUCAUGGCAGGACAAGAUACGUGGACAGUUUCCCAAUCUUAAAAUCACAGGUUUGACGGUGGACAUCACCAAGCCUUUUGAGGAGACGGUGCCCAAGGAUAUACUCGCUGAGGCGACCGUCAUCGCAUUAAACACCACAAAAUACCUGCCUCUGCCUGAGAGUAUACCAAACAUCAAGCUCAUCCACACCUUCUCCGCCGGCGUAAACCAAAUAAUCAAAGAGCCGUACAUCACACGCACCAAUCUACCGCUAACCACCAGCUCGGGAAUCCAUGGCCCGCCCAUCUCCGAGUGGAUUCUGCUGAAUUGGCUUGUCUCAUCGCGGAACUACCAUGCUCUAUACGAAGGGCAGAAGAGACAUGAAUGGAUCAAUGCGCGACAGUAUGCCCCCUCCGGACUGACGGAUCAUGUUGGGAAGAGAGUUGCCAUUUUGGGAUAUGGGAGUAUUGGACGGCAGGUCGGCCGAAUCGCCGUCUCCCUAGGCGCCCAGGUCUACGCCUACACAGCCUCAGCCAAAAACACAGCUGAAUCACGCAAGGAUAACGGGUACAUCGUGCCCGGCACAGGCGACCCAGACGGCAUUAUACCAGUGGAAUGGCACCAUGGCACCAGCAAAGAGGAGCUGCGGCAUUUCCUCUCGACAACCAAACCAGACCAUGUGGUAAUCUCCUUGCCCCUGACGCCAGCAACAACCAAUCUCUUUGAUCGCGAAGAAUUCAAGGCUUGGUCUUCCUCCUCCUUCCCUUCCUCUUCGGCAAGAAAAGGAUUCCUAACAAACAUAUCCCGCGGCCCAAUCGUCAACACCUCCGCGCUCAUUGAGGCGGUGCGCAGCAAAAGUAUUCGCGGCGCGGCGCUAGACGUUACGGAUCCAGAACCGUUGCCAAAAGAGCAUCCGUUGUGGGAUGUAGAGGGCAUACAGAUUAGUCCGCAUGUUAGUUCGGUGGGGGAUGAGUAUUUUGAGCGAGCGUUGGAUGUGUUGAGGAUUAAUUUGGAGAGGUUGCAGGAGGGGGGGAGAUUGGUUAAUCUGUUUCAGAGGCGGAGGGGAUAUUAA